AUGUCAAGGUCUAGAAAUGGAGGUAUAACUGACGCGGACUACAAUGAUGAUGACUAUGUUGCCCAACUUCUUGCUAAAGAUGCGCGGGACUGCUCGCGCAGAUACUCGGCCCUUGGAGUAUACGGCCCGUCAAAACGAUCUACUAAUGGCGCUCCGAAGCCAAAUACACGGUUCUUAAAGCAUAUCCUCCGCGAAACGGACAGCCACAAUGAGAAUUUGAAACGCAAAGAAGAGGAGGAGGCGAGGCAGAGAAUGAGGACCCUACUGGGUGAAAGAAGCAAGCCUUCUCGAUCUUCAAGGUCAGAUGGGCGAGAUGAUCGGGAACACAAACGUCGGAGAGUUGAAUCGCCCGAACGACAGGACCAAAAUGGAGUGAGACACCAUCACCGUGACCGUGCUGGAAAAAGUCGUAUUCGAAAAGGAGAAAAGGAAUACAGGUAUUCCAAUGGCGAUGAUGAUGGAAUAUCCAGAGCACGAAAACGACGUCAUCGGGAGGAUAGGUCAGAUACAGAGGAUACAGCACGAGAAUCUGGACAGAGUCGACACGGCAGGAAGGGUGAAAGGGGUCAUCAUAGGCGGCAUCAACGCGUCCAAGAAUUUUCAAAGUAUGAAUACGACCAUGCAGCAAAGGACAGGAGUGGAGAUUCAAUACCCAGCCGGAGCAGUAGUGACAGGAGGGUCCACGAUCGCCAUGGAAGAUCUCGCAGUCGGUCUAAAUCCCCAUAUAGGACUCACCGCCAGAGGAGACGCAGCAGGAACCGAGAGGAGAAAAUUGGAAAGCAUAAGCAUAUGGAGGAUAAAAGCGACAACUUGCGCGCAGAUACCCACACCACCGUUGAUAAGAAGCCACCACCGUUACCCCCACAAAGAUGUGCUGAAGACGCUCGAAGUAGGUAUAUGUCACCAAAUGAUAGGAGCAGCCCAUACUCCGAUGAUUCAGACCCACUGAGUGAUAUUAUUGGUCCUGCACCACCAACGGCUUUCGCGGACAACAGUCAACCUAUCCAAUCUCGUGGCCGUGGGGCUUACAGAACCACAAAUUCGAGUAACAUAGACGCCCAUUUUUCGUCAAACUAUGACCCCGCGUUAGACGUACAUACUGAAGAUGACAAUGCUGCCAAUGAUGAUCAUCCAGGACACAUCCGCCCUGUACCAGGCCUUCUAAACCCAAAGGAAGCAGACAAGCAUGCAAAUGAUGACUGGGAUAUGGCGCUAGAGGCAUUGCGGGACCGUGAGAUAUGGAAACGGAAGGGUGCGGAACGCCUACGAGAGGCUGGGUUCGACGAUAGGGUAGUGGAGAAGUGGGAAGCAAACAAAUCCUUUGCUGGUUUAGGCUCGAAUGACCAUAAGGAAAUAGAAAGUGUUAAAUGGGCAAAGAAAGGGGAGGGCAGAGAAUGGGACCGUGGGAAAUUUGUAGAUGAAAACGGUCAUAUAUCUGUCAAGGCGCCCUGGUAGUCGCUACGGCGCAAACAAGGGAUAAUCCUACUUCCUCUCAGGGUAGUAGGACAAGAGUCGGAUCUCUUUCCCGGGUAUCCAAUUCCAUGAGUUCUUCUUCAGGCUAAGGGAGAGCCACUCGGCAAAUGGGAAAUACGAAUCAGGAUGAAGAAGAUUGUGAGUGCUUAGUCCUUCUGCCUCCCUAGAUGCCGCUCAGAAUCUGAGUGUUCUUCUCAUCCCGUUAUUUCAUCCAUUAUGUUGUGUACCCAGGCGUAUUUUGCUACAUGCUCAACACGACGAUAUUCCGAUAUAUCAUUGGCAACCUGUGCAGAGGGCAUCUGCAAGUAUCCGUUGAGCAGACUAUCGAGCCUCUGCAGACAUACUCUUAGAGAUAGUGAGGAAAAAGAAAGCACAGGGGUUAAUGCCUCAAGUUCUUUGAUCAUCUACAGUUUCCACGGACAUACAACAGAUUGGCCACGAUACCUCAGUACCAAGGUUGUCGGUGUAUCAUUUAGGAGCAAACAGCUCCCAUAGGCCUAUCCGAUGAAAGCUCCGGACCAGGCCGGCUAGGUUGUGUCCCCCUUCAAUCCAAUGAGGGUCAAGGGGCAUUUUGUCUGAGGACUUGAUACAAUCUGUGGAACCAGCACAGCACUGCAUGAUAUAUGGAAUAUAUUGUAUCCCCAGAUCGUGUUUGAGUAAAGGAGCGAAUGUUUGCCCGUCGUAAACAUUUGCAAGUGACAGAGACAGGAGGAAACAAACCAACAGCGCGAGGUGAGAGACAUGCUGUACUACAGAUGUCAUCGCCCAGUUUCUUAAGGCUACAGUUCUCAGGAGCCUCAGGCAGCCCAAAUUCCAAAUCUCGGUGUGAAGAGCAUUAUUUUUUUUUAUUUUUUAU